AUGACGAACACUAGUGAUGCAGUCUUCAGUGUAUUGUCAACAUCUUGCAAGUAGUGAAGCUGUGAAGCUCUUCUCGCGCUCUGCCUGUGAUUCUCUCAUUGGUCGCUGAACUGUCAGCAGCUCGAGCCGCGAUAUGAGCCACUCACCCGGAGGACAGUUCACUCACGGCUCUAGUGAUGCUCACACAUAUAAACUUGCUAUGUUUUACUCGUCUGCCAGCGCCGCGUCCGAUAACAUUUGACUGAGGUUGCUUUUACGCGCUUGUAAAGCAGGAUAAACUUUAUGGACUUUUAAGUUUCUACACGAUAAACAAAAAAUUAACAAAGAAAACGCAACGAUGGACGCCUCAAAAGUGGUUUUAUUGGCUUCAGCGUUUGGCUUCGUGUUUUCUCCGGUUGCCGCUGUUCAGAUGUGUGACGUGGUAAAUGAGAUUGAGCUGGCAAGAGCGAGGUGUGAGAAUAAAACAGCAGGAAAUGUCACAUCAGGCUGCAAAGGGAUGUGGGAUAUUAUUGCUUGCUGGCCAUCAGCCAAAAUUGGGGAACACGUGGUUAUUCCCUGUCCAAAUUACUUCAGACACUUCUCUGAUCAACAUGAGGGUAACCUCUCUAAAACCUGCACUGCUGAUGGCUGGACCGAAAUGGACUCGUUGGAAAUCGCAGUAAAUUGUGGAUAUAAUCUGAAUGGCACUGUUGACGAUGAUAGCUUUUUUAGGUCAGUGAAGAUCGGCUACACCAUCGGCCACAGUGUUUCUCUCAUUUCUCUCACAACUGCCAUUGCAAUACUCUGUAUAUUCAGGAAACUCCACUGCACUCGCAACUACAUCCACAUGCACCUGUUCGUGUCCUUCAUUCUGAAAGCCAUCGCGGUUUUCGUCAAAGAUGCAGUGCUGUACGAUGUUGUCCAGGAGUCUGACAACUGCUCCACUGGUUCUGUUGGCUGCAAAGCUGUGAUUGUGUUUUUCCAGUACUGCAUUAUGGCCAGUUUCUUCUGGCUGCUGGUGGAAGGUCUGUACAUUCAUGCUCUUCUCGCCGUCUCCUUCUUUUCUGAGAGGAAGUACUUCUGGUGCUACAUCCUCAUCGGUUGGGGAGGCCCAACCGUUUUCAUCAUGGCCUGGAGCUUUGCCAAGGCUUACUUCAAUGAUGUUGGAUGCUGGGAUAUAAUUGAAAAUUCCGAUCCUUUUUGGUGGAUUAUCAAAACCCCGAUAUUAGCUUCCAUUCUGAUGAACUUUAUUUUGUUCAUUUGUAUCAUCCGGAUACUGAGGCAGAAGAUCAACUGUCCUGACAUCGGGAGAAAUGAAUCAAACCAAUAUUCGAGGCUGGCAAAAUCAACACUUCUGUUGAUUCCACUCUUUGGAAUAAACUUUAUCAUAUUCGCCUUCAUUCCGGAGAACAUCAAAACCGAGCUACGGCUUGUGUUUGACCUCAUUCUCGGUUCAUUUCAGGGUUUUGUGGUCGCUGUACUCUACUGUUUCCUAAAUGGAGAGGUCCAAGGUGAAAUCAAGAGGAAAUGGAGGCGAUGGCACCUCGAAAGAUUUCUGGGUCCUGAUACAAAAUACCAGCACCCAUCCAUGGGCAGCAAUGGCAACAACUUCAGCACACAGAUCUCCAUGCUGACUCGCUGCAGCCCUAAGACUCGCCGUGCAUCCACAUGUCAAGACGAGACAUCCAUCACAGUCUAACUGACCUACAACAGUGAUUUACUACUGCCGUCUACGGCCAGACCCCGAGAGGCCAUGCACAUGUGCAGAAAGACUGAAAUACUACAUUACUCUUGGGAUAUAUAAGUUACUAAAAUUAAAUUGUUUUUGAACAUAGUGCAGUUUAAAGAGUUGCGAGGUUCUUAUGAGAAAAACUCAACAUCCAAUCAUCUUCUGCAACACAUUAAACCUGUAAAUAAACCUGCAGUGAUUUUCUGGAGAACACCAAGAUAUUGUGGUUUGAGACUCUUGCCGUCAUUUUGUGCCGACUCGGCUCUGCAGGGAUGCAGAAGAAACAACGUCAUCAAAAAUGACUGAUGAUGCACUGUUGGAAAAAGAGGUUAGGGAUUCUCUACUUGGACUGCUCUUAUAUAUUUUUGCUUAUGAGGUAAGUAAAAAAAAUUAUAAUAAUAAAGGAGGCAACCAAAAGUGGAUUGUUGAAUAUCCAAUAUAUGGAGAUACACUGUAGAGACCAAAUGUGAUGUUUCUUUGAAACAUGUUGUUCAUAUAUAUUUUUUGUGAUGUUUCCAGAUCAGUAUGUGUGUGUGUGUGUACUGGUUUUGGUGGUUUACAAGGACAACCACUGGCAAAAAGUGAAAUCGCCAUACUUGGAAAUGUUUAAUUGUGUAGAAAAAAACAAACACAUACAGUACAUGCCACAAAACUAUUUUCAUUCAACAAUCCAACAUUUUGGCUGUAAGAAACACUUAAAAAAGAAAAUGAAAGAAGUCAUUUACAACUGUCUUUCCAAAUCAAGCAAGAAAAAAAAAUGGAAUCACACAAAUCUGAGGGAAAUUAUACAGAAUCACCAUGUACUUUGCAGUUUUAAAACAAACAACUGUAUACAACUUUUAAUUAGUCUGCAGUUAAAAAAGUGUUUGCACACCUUAGUGAGGUGUUGAACCAAGCUGAUUAACAUAACUCAUUAUCAAACUUCUCAAAGAAGGUAAAUCUUCACGGAAUGUUGCAAAAGAUGUUGGUUGUUCCCAGUCAGCUGUGUCUAUAAUCUGGACCAAGGACAAAUCAAAUGGCAAGGUUGUAGGAGUGGAGCGUACUGGUAAACCUAGGAAGACGUCAAAGCAAGACAGAAAACUUAAAGCAAUAUGCCUUCAAAACAGAAAAUGCACAACAAAGCAAAUGAGGAACGAAUGGGCAGAAAGAGGAGUCAAUGUCUGUGACCAGACUCUAAGAAAUCGCCUUAAAAAAAUGGGAUUUACAAACAGAAAAGCCUCACUAAAACCAUUAUUAACAUGUAAACAGAAAAGAUCAAGGUUUCAGUGGGCUAAAGAAAGGCAGUCUUGGACUGUGGAUGACUGGAUGAGCGUGAUAUUCAGUGAUGAAUAACGAAUCUGCAUUGGCCAGGGUGAUGAUUCUAGAAAUUUAGUUUGGUGCCGUUGCAAUGAAAUUUAUAGACAACUGUCUGAGAAAAACAUGCAAAUUUCCUCAAUCAUUAAGAAUACGGGGUUGUAUGUCAGGUAUUUGUACGGGAGAGAUGACAGUCAUUACAUCCUCUAUAAAUGCACAAGUUUCUAUUGAGAUUUUGGACACUUUUCUUAUUCCAUCAAUUGAAAGGAUGUUUGGUGAUGAUGACAUAAUUUUUCCAGAUUGAUAAUGCAUCGUGCCAUAAGGCAAAAUCUGUGAAAACUUUUCCACAGGAAAGACAUAUAAUGUCAAUAGGAUGACCUGCAAAUAGUUCAGACCUCAAUCCAAUUGAAAAUUUGUUUUG